AUGAUUAUCAUGGAUGGAGAAGAAAUCAAGGAAAGAGAAGAAGUCACAGACGAAGAAGAUGUUAAGGAAGGAGAAGAUGGUUUGGAUGGAGAAGAAGUUAGGGAAGGAGAAGAAGUUAGGGAAAGAGAGGAAGUCAAAGAAGGGGAAGAAGUUAAGGAUGGAGAAGAAGUUUGGAAUGGAGAAGAAAUCAAGGAGGAAGAAGAAGCUAAGGAAGGAGAAGAAGUUAUGGAUGGAGUGUCAGUUAAGGAUGGAGAAGAAAUUUGGGAUAUAGAUGAAGUUAAGGAAGGAGAAGAAGAAGUUAAGGAUGGAGAAGAAGUUAGGGAAGGAGAAGAAGUUAAGGAUGGGGAAAUAGUUUGGGAUGGGGAAAGUGAAGGAAGGAGAAGAAGUUAG